UUCUGGGGAACAACAAGGUAUUCAAGGAGAAUGUGUUCAUGCCCAGACAGCUUGACGUGUUGUCGGUAGCAUCACUGGUCGGAAUCAUAUAUGCUCUUUUCAUCCUGGCACUGAAAAUGGAUGUAAUAUUGACCUUAAGAUCCGCGAGGAGAACAUGGAAGCUGGGUAUCCUUUCAUCCCUGUUCAGUUUCUGGGUUAUGUUAGGGCUUAUCUACAUGUAUGGCCCUGAGAGCAUCCCCGAUCUUCCCAGCACAUGUGAUCGCAUCAUUCUUUGUGUCAAUGUCUCGUUGAGUAACUUUGCCGUCAUCUCCCAAGCCUUGCUGGAUCUCAACCUUAUAACCUCCGAACUAGGUCAAAUUGCUUUGUCAGCGGCCAUGAUAAAUGACAUUGCACACGUGCUUUUCUUACUAGGAUUGUAUCUCAUUCACAGCAAAGUAGAGGGAUCCAAACCUCAUUCACUUUUGCUCAUCUUGUCAAGCUUUUGGGCAUUCGUGGCUUCUGGCGUAUUCAUUGUACGCCCGGCAUUGCUCAUGAUUGCCAGAAACACUCCGACAGGGAAACCAGUGAAGAAGGCAUAUGUUGUGUUGAUUCUCACAAGUGUGCUGGUCAUGUCAUUAAUCACGGAUGUCAUUGGCUUGUCUUUCCUCUUCGGGCCAAUGUUUUUUGGUUUGAUCAUGCCCAAUGGCCCUCCUCUGGGCACCACCAUACUGGAAAAAACUGAGAGUUUGGUCAACGAGUUCUUUCUUCCAUUGUCCUGGGCUUUCUUGGGCCAAAAGAUAAAUGUGUUUGGAAUCUGGAAUUGGGAUGUCAUUUCCAAGAUCAACUUCAUCAUUGUCGCAGGAUGCAUAGCCAAGGUGAUUGGGUGCAUUCUAAUUUCACUGACUUACAAAAUCAGGCCCAAACAUGGCCUCGUCCUUGGUCUAAUACUCAAUAUGAAGGGCAUUGUUGAGGUCAUUAAUUAUACCCGAAUGAAGAGAGUUGAGGUAUUGGACGACCAACUAUACUAUUUUUUGAUGUUCUCUACGGUGCUAACAUCUACAAUUCUACAUCCUUUCAUUGACCUGCUAUACAAGCCCUAUACUCGAUUAGAUAGUAAUAGUAAACGUUGUCGACAGAUAAGAAUGGUCCAGAACACUUUUAGAAACCCUGAGUUUUGUAUUAUAUGUUGCAUACACUGUGAAGGGAAUGUUCGCAGCCUCAUGACCCUCAUAGAGGCUUGCAACCCGAUUUUGUCAAGCUCAAUCUGUGCCUAUGUGGUGCAUCUCGUGGAGCUGUUAGGCAAAAGCACGCCUUUUCUCCUCCCCAUGAGCAUGAAAAGAAGAAGAUUCUCAUCAUUCAACUACCCCAUCACCCUCCACAUCAUGCGAGCCUUCGAGAACUACGCAUGUAACUCUGACGGUCUGGUCACUGUCUUGCCCUACAUCAAUGUGGCACCCUACAAGAACAUGCAUGAGGCCGUGUGCAACCUCGCACAGGACAAGCUUGUUUCCCUCAUCAUCCUCCCCUUCCACGAGAAUGACCAAUCACGUGGCAGUCUCAUGACCAUCACCAUCCGUGACCUUAACCAAAACUUUCAAUACUAUGCGCCAUGCACUGUGGGCAUCCUAGUGGAUCGAUUCUCACAGUUGAGUAUCAGUACUUCGAUAGAGCUCACCUUCCAUGUGGCCAUCUUCUUCUUGGGAGGACCGGAUGAUCGGGAGGCUCUGGCAUUAGGGAAUCGAAUGUCAGAUCGUCCUAACAUAAGGAUCUCGUUGUUUUACUUCAUGGUGAGGAAUGAUUACCUGAGAGAUGGGAGGAGUUACAGCCACCACGACAAUGAAAGUGACAUUUUUAGUAGUAGAUCGGGGGGAGAGAGGGGAGAGGAAGAGAAGGCGUGGGACGAGAGUGCGAUAGAUGAGUUUAAGGCGAAGAGUAUAGGGAAUGGGAAUGUGAUGAGCGAGGAGAUAGUGGUGGAGGAUGGAAUAAGGGUAUUGGAAGCAAUAAGGAGAUUAGAAGGAAACUAUGAUUUGGUGAUGGUGGGGCAAAAGCACAGCAUGGAGGGUUUGGAUGAUAAAGGGAUGUGCAAUUUCAUGGAGAAUGUGGAGACGUUAGGGAUUAUUGGAGACAUGUUGGCAUCAACGGAGUUUUGUAAUGGGAUGGUUCCUGUGUUGGUUAUGCGAUGUGCUAUGCAGCAAUUGAAAAGGAAUAGUAGCUUAAGUUCUAUUGCCUUCUCUCGUGGCAGUUUUCGUUGAGUUGAAUCUGUGUCUAUUUAUGUACACAACCAACUUAAUUAGUUUGCUAUU